AUGGAAGUGUUUAAUAAGUUUUACUCCUCCGUUAGUAAUACUGUUUCACAGUUAUCAGGAGUAUUACCCGGUAAUCCGGUAACUAGAGAGUUUGAAGCAACGCAAUUUGUUGCCAGCGCUGGUCCAGGUUUACUAUGGAAAAUUUAUAAGGGCUACAAGAAGUCUACAAAGCAAGAGGCUUCAAUAUUUGUCUUUGAAAAGAAACAUCUAGAUAGGUGGUCUAAAGCCGACAGAGACAUAAUGCUGGAAACUUUGAGGCGGGGUAUUGUUCAGUUAACGAAGCUGCGACACCCUCAAAUACUAACAGUUCAACAUAGCCUUGAGGAAAGUAGAGAAAGUCUGGCUUUUGCAACAGAACCUGUUUUUGCAAGUUUGGCUAACAUUCUAGGCAAUACUGAAAACAUGCCACAACCAGUACCGAGUCACUUGAAUAAUUAUAAGCUUUAUGAAUUAGAGAUAAAGUAUGGUUUAAUGCAAGUCGCAGAAGGUUUAGCAUUCUUGCAUAACGAUGUUAAGCUUCUACACCAUAAUGUGUGUCCGGAGUCAAUUAUAGUGAAUCAACAGGGUGCAUGGAAGAUAUUUGGGUUUGACUUUUGUAUUGCUAACCAAAGUGGACCAGGAGUUGCCCCAUUCUGGCCAUUUAAUGAGUAUUGUCAAGCUAUGCCGCCUUUGACACAACCCAGCCUUGAUUAUUUGGCUCCUGAAUAUGUCCUGUCAGCUACCCACUCGCCAGCCAGUGACAUAUUUUCUCUUGGAAUGGUGAUAUAUGUGGUUCACAGCACUGGCCACCAAGCUCUAGGGAAUGUUGGUAAUGAUUACACAAAAUUCAAACGGUUUGUUUCUGAAAUCAGGAAUUUGCCAUCUUCUCGGUUAACAUGUGUGACUGAAGGCCUUAGGGAGUAUGUCAAACUUAUGCUGAAUGUCACUCCUGAACUAAGACCAGAUCCACAUCAGUUUCUCAAAAUACCAUAUUUUGAAGAUGUAGGGGUGAAAACACUGAAUUAUCUAGAUUCUUUAUUCCAAUGGGAUAAUUUACAAAAGUCUCAGUUUUACAAGGGCUUACCGCAAAUUAUACAGAAGAUGCCUCAUCGAAUAUGCAUUUAUCGUAUACUGCCAUGUCUCACUAAAGAAUUUGUGAAUCCACCAAUGGUGCCAUUUGUGUUACCAAAUGUUCUGCUUAUUGCUGAGAACUCCUCAAAAGAGGAAUACAUUAAAUAUAUUUUACCGGUUUUAAAACCAGUCAUGAUGAUUCAAGAUCCCAUACAAAUAUUGCUUAUAUUCAUGCAGAAAAUGGAACUCUUACUCAAACUGACACCAGGAGAAGAGGUUAAAAGUGACAUUUUGCCAAUGUUGUAUAGAGCUUUAGAAUCGGAUGCUCAACAAAUACAAGAGCUUUGUUUGUCAGUACUCCCUACCUUUGCAUCGCUAAUUGAUUACCCGGCAAUGAAGAAUGCCCUCUUGCCUCGUAUAAAAAAGCUGUGCAUGAGUACUAACUACAUAUCUGUGAGAGUGAAUUGUUUACUGUGUUUGGGAAAACUCUUAGAACAUUUAGAUAAAUGGUUGGUUCUGGACGAAAUCAUUCCGUUUCUACCACAAAUACCAUCUAGAGAGCCUGCAGUGUUGAUGGGGAUUUUAGGAAUUUACAAACUUGCAUUAAGCCACAAAAAGUUGGGAAUUACAAAGGAGGUGAUGGCUACAAAAGUGCUACCGUUUCUUAUUCCUCUAUGUGUAGAGAAUGGCUUAACUCUCAACCAGUUUAAUGCACUAAUCACACUGGUCAAACAAAUGAUCUCCAAAGUGGAAACUGAACAUAGAGCAAAACUAGAGCAGCUCAAUUCUAUACAAAAUGAAUCAAAAGUCAUGGAACAAGCUUUAUCGACAACCACAGACAAUCUUGUAUCAGCACCCCCACCACAAACGGAUAUAGACAAAAUGUUUUCAGGACUAGGACUUGAUCCAUUUUCCUUCAAUAACACCAAGACACCCGAUAAAACUGAACCUGCAUUCUCUGGCUUGGGAGACAGUGGUGGCUUGCUAACCAUUGAAGAUAAACAAAGGAUAGCCAAACAACAGGAGACAGUGAAGAGAUUCACGAAUCAGCCGAUGCCAGCUGCUAUACCAUCGCCACCGCUGAAGCAAUUGGCCAAACCUGUGGAUCUUACGAGUUCGCUCUUACAGUCCAAUCUCAACCAGCUAACCACUCCGAAGCCAAACCAAACCAUAGUACCAACACCGAACUACAAUAUGUCAAGCUUACCAAACCAACCCAAUUAUAAUAACAUAGGACCCAGUAGACCGUACAAUUAUAACCCAAACAUGCCCACAGGAUUCGAUACCCAAUUAGCUUUACCAGCCAAUACGGGAUGGUCGAACACAGCCUCGGGUAACUUCAACAAUAAGUGGGCGAACAACCAGAACAAUCAAACGAAAAUGAAACAGGACUGGACAGCCUUCGAAUCUCUUUUGCCAAGUCAGACGCAAAAUAAUAACCAAACAUCUACUAAUAAUAAUAUUAAGAAGUUGACGAGUAGCGAAAUGAUGGAUUUGCUCGGCUGA